AUGAAACCAGGAGCUACUGCCCUUGAACUCUGGAAUCAUCUUGAAGAAAUCUUUCCAGAAAAUAAAGCUACUGGAGCAGUGUAUUUAGAAGAGCAAUUCAACACCACACGUUCUGACUCUUUCUCUAAUCUCACUGAUUACUCCUCUCGCCUCAAGAAUCUCGCUGAUCAACUCGCCAAUGUGGGUAACCCUAUAUCUGAAACUAAAAUGGUGUUACAACUUAUCGUAGGUUUGACUAAAGGUGAUUAUGACACUAUAGCUACCCUCAUUCAACAAACCGAACCUCUGCCAAGCUUCAACAAAGCAUGUUCUCAAUUAAUUCUUGAAGAAAUCGCAAGCCCUAAUCACCAGCUCUGCCACUCCAAAAUUGUCAGACUCCUCUUCUGA